UCUGUAUGUCGAUUCGUAAUGAAAAGACCUCGCAUCAAGAUUCAUUUGCCUGCGUGACUGAUAGUCUGUCACAAUGGGUUGUUGCGAUGAGAAUUCGGUGCAGGUGUCCAGUGAGUAUUUGUUUGAAAUGGCACUUGAAAUAAAAAGUGGACCAAUGCUUUGGUACAAGCGUCGUUUCUUCGGAAGCAACUGGAGAGACGUCCACUCCGUCCUGUACAAUGAUAGUUCCUUUAUCUGGUACGAGGACAAAUCUCGCCAAGAAUCCAAAGGUGGCGUCGUACUCAAAGACGCCCCCGAACUGAUCGCUUUUGGAACCUACACAUCCCAAGUGCCGGACCGACCUGACCUACCUGACCACUAUGAACCCAAAGAGCUUCUUGCUUUCGGCGUGAGGGGGACAAAAACGGUGUACUGGUUUCUAUGUCCGAAUGAGGAGGAAGUGACGAGCUGGAUGGGUGCUAUCGCCUCCACAUUACCACCACCACCUGCUCCGCCUCAAAUUCCACCACCACCCCAAAUGCCAGCUCCAUCUGCUCCACCAAAUUCGAACCAAGAACAAGCACCAACAUCACCAUAUCCUCCUGGACAAUCAAACCCACAGUUUAAUCCUGUCCAAGCAGCGCCUCAAUAUCAGCCCCAGCAACCACCGCCUCGGUACACGCCAAACCAGCAACAGACGCCCCAGUACAGGCCCCAGGCAGCAGGAUUACCUGGCCAGUAUCCUCAGCAAACAAAUUACAGACCACCACCUUACUAUGCCAACAAUUCGGUCAGUCCUUAUCCACAACCAUAUGCUGCUGGAGGUGGUGGGCCCACAACAGUAGUUGUCCAACAAGAUCGCCCGGGCUAUAUUGCCGGUGGAGGAGGAGGAGAUUUUGCCAUGGGGAUGCUCUUAGGUGGUGCAUUAGGCACCGCUUGGGGAUCACACCAUCAUCAUUACGGCAUUGGCGGGUGGGGUACCGGUGGAGGUUGGGGGCAUGGCCCUAACGUUCAAGACACUAAUAUUCACAUCAAUAACUAUUAUGACAAUGAUACUAUAACGAUGAACAAUAAUAUUCAGAAUACUACUAACACAUCUGUGGAACAAACAGCUAUUGAACAAAAUACUAUUGAGCAAAAUGUUCCUGAAGUAGCACCCGUAAUGGCAGAGGAAUACAUCCCAGCCGAAGAUGUUACAGACUACGCUCCAGUGGCAGAGCCGGUAGAAUAUCUGCCAAUAGAAGAGCCUGUAGAGUAUCUCCCAAUGGAAGAACCUGUAGAGUACCUCCCAAUGGAAGAUGCUGGGGGUGGUAUGUUUGAUGGAGCUGACUAUGAUGCCGACUUUGGGGGUGAUUUUGGCGGUGGCGAUUUUGGAGGUGGGGAUUUUGGAGAUUUUUAAGAAAGAGUUUAAGCAUUUGUGUCAAGGAAUUACUGCUUAUAGAAAUGAGAUUUUAAAAUUUUAUAAAGAAGUACGUGUAUGUUAAUAUGUUGAAGAAGAAAUUCAAUAUAAGAGACUGUUUAUAGAAUUGUUUUUGAAGAAAUAUUUCAAAGGCUCAAAUUUUAAAAUGAAAAAAAUAUUUCAUACUUAUA